UUCAUAUGCUGUUUUAAACAGCCUUCUUGAAAAUAGAGGGGACAGUGGUGUAACUGAACAUUAGUGGAUAAUUUAGAGUUUGCAUAAUCUUUGGUCCAAAUCUGUAUGACUGGAUUGAGUGUAAAAGUGCUGAGAGAAGCAGAGGGCUGGACCUGGUUACAUACGUGAAACCAUAUCUUCCCUAUGAGUCAUUUGCAAUGCUGAGGUCUUCACAAGGUAGCACACACCUCUGGUCGAGUUAACAGCUUAAUGGAGACUGUCAUUCUCUGUUUGGACUGCCCAGUAAAAGCAUGACCUGUGUGCUUUGCUGUGGACUUCAUGGGUCUUGGAUGGUAGAGGAAUGCUCUUUAGUUCUGGUUCUCAAAAGACUUUCUACUUGGUUGGCAGAUUUCUGUUAGCAAUGAUUUGUUAUGGACAACUGUAAAAUCUUGUUAUAAAGUGUUAAUUGGGAUCGCUGUUAAGACUUUGUCUGCAGGCCGCAGUUAGGAACCAUUCCUUUCAGUAUGUAUCUGCCACUCCUGACAGCUGAGGUUUUCUUCUCAUGUUGCGUGGGGGCCAUGGGUAGAACAGGGAAGCUCUAACCAUCAACAGUGUCUUCAGGGGAGGCCCUGAUCUCAUGGCUGGUUUAUGGUCUGAACUGGAGUGAGAUUCCAGAUAUUGAACUGGCUUUGACCUAGUGAGAGUUGUAACUACUCAGAAGUCAGUAACAUCCUCAGAUUCUGUCCUAAGCCCUUUUCACAGAAACUGGCAAACUACGGUAGUCCUUAAGAGGUUUGAAAAAAAGCAGUAAGUAUGUUGACACUGGCAGUAGCCAUAAUAUUAACAGCUCUGAUACAGCAUUGAAGGAAAAGACAGUGGAAACCUCCAGGUACUUAGGCUAAUAAAAUCUGAUAGUAUUAAUUUGAUUUUUUUUUUUCUUUGAAUAGGUUUAGUACAUCAUACAGUUGCUGAACAGAGAAGAACUUUACUUCAAGCUAGCCAGAUUUUUGUGGAGUUCCUCCGUGGUUCUGAAUAAAUUUGAUCUAUUAUCUAUGUAAUUUGUACUUAAAUCCUUUCACAUAAACCUGAAAUCUUGGAAAUCAUGAGUAGCUUCAGCAAUGAAGAAUUUGAAUUCACCUUCCUUGAUGAAGGCUUUACUGCCAAGGAUAUCCUUGACCAAAAAAUAAAUGAAGUGUCAUCUUCUGAUGAUAAAGAUGCCUUCUAUGUUGCUGACCUUGGAGAUAUUGUAAAGAAGCACAUGCGAUGGCAUAAAGCCCUUCCUCGGGUAACCCCCUUCUAUGCUGUAAAAUGUAAUGACAGCAAAGCUGUAGUGAAGACACUUGCUGUUCUUGGUGCAGGAUUUGAUUGUGCCAGCAAGACGGAAAUACAGCUGGUACAGAGCAUUGGUGUACCUCCUGAGCGAAUAAUAUAUGCAAAUCCCUGUAAACAAGUAUCUCAAAUCAAACAUGCUGCCAGCAGUGGUGUACAGAUGAUGACAUUUGAUAGUGAAGUAGAACUAAUGAAAGUUGCAAGGACCCAUCCAAAAGCCAAGUUAGUCUUGCGUAUUACAACUGAUGACUCCAAAGCAGUUUGUCGUCUGAGUGUUAAAUUUGGAGCUACACUUAAGACAAGCAGGCUUCUGCUGGAGCGUGCAAAAGAACUUGACCUUGCCAUUGUUGGAGUUAGUUUUCAUGUUGGAAGUGGAUGUACAGACCCAGAGACCUUUGUUCAAGCCAUUUCUGAUGCCCGCUGCGUGUUCGAUAUGGGAGCUGAACUUGGCUUCAGUAUGUAUCUGCUUGAUAUUGGUGGUGGCUUCCCUGGCUCUGAAGAUGUCAAGCUCAAAUUUGAAGAGAUCACAAGUGUAAUCAACCCAGCACUGGAUAAAUACUUUCCUUCAGAUACUGGAGUAAGUAUUAUUGCGGAGCCUGGAAGAUACUACGUUGCAUCAGCAUUCACGCUGGCAGUUAACAUCAUUGCAAAAAAAAUUGUAUUAAAGGAGCUGACAGGUUCUGAUGAUGAAGAUGAUGCAAACGACAAAACUCUUAUGUACUAUGUGAAUGAUGGAGUCUAUGGAUCGUUCAACUGCAUCUUGUAUGAUCACGCACAUGUUAAACCAGUUCUGCAAAAGCGACCUAAACCAGAUGACAGCUGCUAUUCCUGCAGCAUAUGGGGACCAACGUGUGAUGGCCUAGAUCGUAUUGUUGAGCGUUUUCAUAUGCCAGAGUUGCAAGUUGGUGACUGGAUCCUGUUUGAAAACAUGGGUGCCUAUACUGUUGCAGCAGCUUCUACUUUCAAUGGAUUCCAGAGGCCCACAAUACACUAUGUGAUGUCAAGACCAGCAUGGCAAGUAAUGCAGCAGAUCAAGGAGCAAGGGUUCCUAGAUGAAGUGGAGGAGCAGGAUGUUUCUAGUCUGCCACUGUCUUGUGCCUGGGAAAGCGGAAUUGAAUAUCCAGCAACUUGUGCUUCAGCUAGUAUUAAUGUAUAGGUAAUAUUUAGUAAUUAAUUGCAAGGUUAGUCAUUGAAUAUAGGGCAUUUGGGGGACUAUUAACUUAAUUCUUGCUAGAAUUUUUAAGUGGUUUUUUUAAAGUUUAGGUUUGGCAUAAAUACAACAAAAAUGACUAGGAGAUGGGUCACAAUUAUCUGUGUUCCUAUGGAAACUAUUUGAAUAUUGUUUUAUAUGGAUUUUUAUUCACUUUUCAUGUAUGCUACUAAACACUGACCCUCAACUGUCAAACAAGUAUUUGUAGCUUGUGUAUGGCAGAAUGGGCUAAGCUUAGUGUUUUGUGACCUACCUGUUUUAAAAUAAAGUAUAUUGAAAUAA